AUGGAGGCAGAGUUUGUAUCUGAGUCAAGGGUGGACAUAGUGUUACAAAGAGGUCCUUCCUCCAGAUUCAAAGGGGUAAGUCUGCUGAAAAGUGGUAACUGGGGUGCCAGGAUCUCCUAUAUGUACAAGCCAUACUGGCUUGGAGCAUAUCAGAUGGAGGAAGAGGCAGCUAUUGCUUAUGAUAGAGCAGCCGUCAAGCUUCAAAGAGGUGAUACCCCACUCAACUUUCAUUGGAGUAAAUACAGUGCUGAAGAGAGCAUAUUCCAAAGUCAGUACUCAACUGAGGAAAUUCUGAGUAUGUUGAAGGAUAAAACUUACUCGUCCAAACUUAUGAAUUUUCUUUCAAGGCAUUCAUCAGGUUUGGGAACUCGAACAACAACCUUCAUGAAUGAACAAGGGAUUUCAUAUCACUUUCUCUUUCAGAAGGAACUGACUCAUAGAGAUGUCACUCACAAGUGCUUUCUGAUCCCAAGGGAAUUUUCAUUUCGAUACCUUUCCCCACCUGAAGGCAUCAUCAAUGCAGUUGAAGAUGAAGCUAGGUGCGUUAAAUUAACCUUUUAUGAUAAACAUGGCCGUUCUUGGACAUUUGGAUAUUCAUAUUGGCAGAGUACACGGAACUUUAUGUUUACAAAUGGCUGGGGACACUUUAUCAGGAUGAAUAACCUGAACCAGAAAGACAUAGUAAUGUUUUACAGAUGCGAGUAUGAAGGGGAGGUUCUUGGGAGAGAAGUUUACAUGAUAGACUAUCAAAGAAGCAAUGGGCAAAACUAUGUCCUAGAGCAUUCUUCAGGAAGCAGUACCAUAGAGUUAGAGGCUGAUUGCAAGCAAAAAGAGACUAAGAAAGGAUUCAAGCUAUUUGGUGUGGAGAUUAAUGGUUAA